UCAUGCACGUGCCAUGAAAUCAUGAAAUAAAAUGUCAUGAUCGAUCCAAAUUUAUCCAGUCUUAUUCUUUCAUGAUAGGAUAAAUUCAUUUAUAGCCUAAUAAGAAAAGGAGUUCUUUGUCCUAGAUUAUGCUAUAGAAACCUCAUUCAACUCUCAUUCCUUAAACUUCAUCCUCUAUGAGUUAGGAUAACUUCACAAUAUAUUCUCUACUCAAUGCAUAACACUAUAUGAACCAAUAUGACAUUCUUCCUUAGAAACACCACAUUAACACACACAAAUCACUAUACAAAUUAAUUUAUUCUAAUAACCUACUUUCAUUAUCUUAAAACCAUUACACUUCCAUAAAAUAAUAAUUCUUCAACAAAUUUUUCAAAUUUUAAAUGGCCCGCCCAGUGACUCAAGCCUUGGAAGAAAAUACAGAUAAAUGCAUAUAGUGAUAGUAGACUCACCAAGAGACCAAACCUCCUCUGACUCUCUCCCAAAUUCAGUUUUAACUCUUACUAAGUGACCUUUUCAAUCACCCAAUGAAUGAGGCCGCGAGAGUUGAUUUACUCAAGCUCGCCUAACGACUCAAGCCUUAGGAGUUGAUUUAAUCAAGCUCGCCCAACUAGCUAUGACUUUCUCACCGAGUGAAAGGUCUUGAUGCUCUCUACGAUAUUAUUUUCAAGGCUUGCUUAGUGAGAGUGUUGCUUCCCAACUAGUCUGCAUAAGUCCGACACAAAAAUAUGCAUAUCAGAUUAUACCUUUAACUUUAAUGAAACUUUUUCUUUUUCUAUACAAAUCAUAUACUGAUAGCAACCCUCCUGGCUAGGUUGCCAAAGCUCCAAGAGAAGCCAUGUUGAUGGUGAAAAUGGUGAAAUGGUGCAGAAUUUGGUGGGAUUAGGGGAAAAAGGCUCACAACCUUGGUGUAUGGAUGGUGAUGGGGUGGUGUGUGAUGAUGCUCUUAUAGAGGUUAGGCCAACUUUAGAGGAAGAAGGCUAGAGGAGACCAAAUGAGAUGUUCUAGCCUUUGGUGACCUAAGAUAAGUAUUAUGACACAAAAGUGAUAGCAUAACUUUACUCAAAUUCAAAGAUAAUUACAAGAGUGGGAGACACCUCUAUUUAUAGGCUAAGGGUGUAUUCAAAUUCUAAAAGCUAGACCUAAAAUGAAUGAGAGGGGUUCUUUGGAAAACUCUUCCUUGACCGUCUCGACAUUAGAUUGGUAGGGGUUCAUUUGGGUGAACUCUUCCUUAACUGACUUGUUGAUCGCUUCAGUAGUUCGAGAAGGUGAAGUCAAUAGGGUAAGGAUGAGAUUUCAAGAAUGUAGUUGACAAAUGAUAUGAGACUGAGAGGUUGAGCCAUAGAUGAUGUUGAUAUUAAAGCCUAAUGAGGCUGAUAUUAAAGCCAAAUGAGGUUGUGGUAUUGUAAUUGAUCGAGAUCGUGUGGGAGAGGUCGAACGACCAAUAUGUUGAAGCUGAAUGAGGUUGAGAAAAAGCCAAAUGAGGCUAUGAUGCGGAUGACACCAAGUGGUUGAGCUGUCAAGACUAAAGAGUUGAUAGGUUGUGACUGAGAAAGGCCAAGAUGUAGAAGAAGCCGAUCGGUCGAGCUACUGAAGCCAAAAUGAGAUUGAUAUUGAAGUUGAAUAAAGAUGAUAUUGAAGCCAAAAUGGAUGCAUAUAAUAUUAGACUUAUUUUGUGGUCAAAUGUAGGACGUUUCUAAGAAGACAAACAUUGUUACACCUCCACAACCACAAUUAUCUCCUCUUUAACAACUUGGUGCAGCGGUAGUUACAAUGGGGAAUAAAACUAUUGAGAUAGAUAUGUCUCAUGAACUCACAUGCAAGACUACUACCACCACUUUAUUUGUAUGUCAUAGAGAUAUUUGUGAAAUUGUCAUUGGAAAUGAUCUCCUCUCUACAACAGUUCUACAACUUUGGAAUUUGUAUUUGCAUCACCUUUGCAUUGAGAGAAGGAAUGCUACUAUCUAUGAUCCUAUUGUAAUUCAAAGUGUAGGAAAUAAAUCAGAAGAGGUGCAAAAAAAGUACUUGAUAGAAAUGUUUGAAAAAGCUGGUAAAGAGGUCUAUUUAGCACCUUACAUGCAUAAGUCUUUAGAAGCUCAUUCAAGGUUGCAGAGUGUUCCAUCUAUUUCUAGGAAGAAGAUGCAAAUAAUCACACCUAAUUGUCGACGUCAGUUGGACAGCUAUGAGUGUGAGUAUUAUGUAAUGAAACACAUGCAUACCAUUAUUUGUGCAAACAUUACUGAAUCAUGGAAUAAGAUCUUUAAUGAUUCAUCUCCCAUGGAAGUUGCAGACAUUAAAGACAUUAGAAGGAACUGAGCUUCUUUUAUUUUAAGUGUUAGUAGAAACUUGGCUACAAUUCAAUAGUGUAUGUACAUUAAUGUAAU